ACGGCUAGUUAGGGUGUUUGCCGUUGGACGCUCGUUCAGGCAGCAGCACGCUCUCCGAGUAAAAAAAGUCCCCUCCUCUCUCUCUCUCUCUCUCUCUGUGUCUCUGCGGCUACCGCUUGCUUUGCUUGCCUUCUCCAUUAUUGCAUCAGUAAGCUAGAGACCCACGACAAGCACGACACCGCCGUCAUUUCUCACCCGCUAGGCAUCGCAAAAUCGCGCCGGCAGAGGAAGCAGAGACAACAUUCGAGGGGGGCAACGAGCCGUGUCUUCUCUUUUCGCGCCUGUGUGUUCCCUGAAGUGAUCGGGAGGAAAAAAUGUCGAAAAUCGUCAACAUCUUCAAAAAGAAAACGUCCCCCAAAGAGGCCCUCAGGACCAGCAAGAGAGAAAUGGCAGUUGCCACGCGAGGUAUUGAACGAGAGAUAGCAUCUCUUCAAUUGGAGGAGAAAAAGUUGGUGGCAGAGAUUAAAAAAACAGCCAAGACUGGCAACGAGGCAGCAACUAGAAUUUUAGCUCGUCAACUUGUGCGUCUACGACAACAGAUAACUAACCUGCAAGGAAGUCGUGCUCAAAUUAGAGGGGUGGCAACUCAUACUCAGGCAUUACAUGCCAGCACAUCUAUAUCUAAUGGAAUGAAAGGCGCAACAAAAGCAAUGGUCGCAAUGAACAAGCAAAUGGUUCCUGCAAAACAAGCCAAAGUGAUCAAAGAAUUUCAGAAACAGUCAGCACAACUGGAUAUGACGAUUGAGAUGAUGUCAGAGUCUAUAGAUGAGACCUUAGACAAGGAUGAGGCUGAAGAGGAAACGGAGGAGCUGACUAAUCAGGUACUUGAUGAAAUUGGUGUUGAUAUCGCUUCACAGCUGUCUUCAGCUCCUAAGGGCCGCAUCUCAUCAAAGAAAGUGGAGACUGUUGUGACUAGUUCUGAAUCUCCAGAUGUGGAGGAUCUGGAGAAGAGGUUGGCUUCUCUUCGGCGUAUUUGAUCCUGCACAAAGUUUCUGUAAAGGUUCUCAAGACAAAUCGUGAGUCUUUAAUCGAUGUAGAGAUGAUCAUCAUAAAAACUAAUUACUAUAUUGUCUUUCUUCCCAUGAUUGGAAACUUUCCUGUGGUGUUGUUCAUUCUAGAGAUGCAACAAUGCAAAUGCUUGUAAUGUUUUACAUCUCAAUACUGUAAUAUUGCUGUUCAGCCUGGGAUUGUCAAUAUAGGUUAGUUAGCAGUCUUCCCGCAUCAUCUCUAUCAUUUCCUACGGUAUGAUGUAGAACUCUGUUAAUAUGCAUUAGAAGUAUCAUUGUUUAAAAUAAUGUUGAUAAUGUACAGAUUGUUAAUUUGUCGUA